AUAGAUUCUCCUCGUUUCCUCUUUUAUUUUUUCCUCUUACCUGUCCUCUCCUUCCCUCUUUAUUUGCUCAUCAAAAAAGGGAACUCAGAUGUGAUAAUGAUGGUGGUGAUGGUGAUGCUGAUGGUGGUGGUGAUGAUAGUGGUGAUGGUGGUGAUGGUGUACUGGAGUAGUCGCAGAGGUGUUGGCGCCGCCCGUGUGGUUGUGCUGGCAGCGUAGUAGUCGUAGUGGUGGUGUGGUGGCGGCGGUGGUGAACUAUUGUGGUGGUAUGGUGGGGGGAGGAGGGAGGGGGCACGGCGGCGGGGUGAGCCAGCGCCAGCACACCCCGCCGGGCCGCCAGUCUCACGUACCCUCCUGCACCUUACACGCCACGCCGCGCCCCGCCACACACACGCACACACACACACACACACACACGCACGCACACACACGCAGACUCGUACAGCCGUGCCUCCAUUCACGCACACACACACGCCCCUCGCCGGUGUGCGCGUGCAGGGGCGCCGCGUGCCCGGAGUGCCAUGUCGGCGCGGCAGGGGCUGAGUGUUCCGCGGGAGGCGUGGCAAGGCUCGGCGGACGCCCUGCUCACCGCCUUCGAGUCGCUGCUGCAGGAGGGGGGGACGGAGGGCGGCGCCGGGCAUCAGGCGGCGCGCCCCAAGUGGUCCUCCGAGGAGCUGCUGGCGUCCUGUCAGGCGCUGUUGGACGACGCCCGGGAAGUUGUGCUGCCCCGGGGGGCGCCCAUCGGCCCCGCCGCCCCCGCCACCCCACCUCCCCUGGCGGCCGCACCCCCGGCGCCCUGCCCCGCCUUGUGUGCCGCCUCCCCGUCCACAAGUAGGGCAGGUGUCGGUCAUUUGUCAGAGCCCGGCGCCUGCCCAGCCCCUGCCCCGGUACCUGCCCUGACACCUGCCCCGGCGCCUUCUCCGCCGUGUGUGGCGUGUGUGGUGCGCCGCGGGUAUGGCCACGAGUGUGACUGUUACACUGACCUGCCCGGGGCACAGGCGCCAUACGGCGCCUCCCCUGCCCCCUCGCUGCCCCCUGCGUCCCCCAGCACAUUAUUGGCCGCGGGUCCGGGCGGCGCGGCCCAGCUGGAGGGUCAGUGUGGCGGGGGGGCGGCGUGGGGCCAACAUUGGCCAGGCACAGGCAUGUCCACGGUCAGUGAGGCCGCGGCCACCUGCGGCGGCGGGGCGGCGCGAGAGGAGGACGAAGAGUCUGUGAUCAGCUUCAGGACGUGCAGCUCCGGGGACCUGGAGAGCCUGGGCUGGUGCUCCGCCUCGGACGGGGAGGCGGACAGCGACGUGGAGGGUGAGUGUAGCCUGGGCAGGUUCACGCCCACCACAGAGGACCUGUGGCAGUGGAACCCCAGCUAUGAGGAGGGGCGGCGGGGCUGGGGCGGGGGCAAGGUGCCCACGGAUGACGAGAGCGACGACGGGACUCAGGCGACCCUGGCCCCGCGGGGACACUGGCAGCGGGAGGCGUCCGAGGAGCCGCCGCCGCCUCCCCACCCGGUGAUUGACAUCCAGGCGUUGGGGUGGCUGGCGGGGACCCUGACGCAGCAGGGCACCAGCCGCGGGGGCGGGAUCGUGGCGGCGGGCGGUGGUGGAGGCCGUGCGGGGGCCGGGCAGGAAGGCACCGCCUCACCCUCCGCGGGGCCGCCAGUGCCCGAUGAGCCGUGCCGCCACCAAGUGCCACGAGGGUCCGCUGAGCGCCGCGCGCCGCCCGAUGCUCGCUCUAACGGCCCCUGCGAGCAGCCCACGGCGGCGGCUAUCCUCGGCGGCAGCACCCCGCCGGAGCAGCAGCAGCAGCAAGCAGCCAUCACCGCCACAGAGGGCGUGGGGGCCGUGACACCGCCGCCAGUAGUCACCAACAACACACCACCGCCUCCAGCAACACCCUCCCCGCGCCCCGCCCCGUCCCCGCCACUUGGGGGCCUCGGGGGAACCGCCACGACCAGCUGCGUCACGCGCCCUCGGCAGGAGACACAGGGCCGCAGUGCUCUGUGUGCUGUGCCCGCCACGCCGCCCCUUCAGGCAGGCGCUGACGGGAGUGUGUGUGGUGAGGGCGUGGGCGGGGAGGCGUGGCGAGGCUCCGGCAGCCCCGAGGCAUCAGACAUCUGGUGUUCGUAUCAGUCGGAGGCGUUGCAGGCCACCCUACCUGUCACCUAUUCCUGUCCCGCUGCUGCUGCGGCCUUGCCCUCCCCUCCUCCUGCUCCUCCUCCUCCUCCACCUUCGUUGCCUCCUCCCUCGCUUUGUUCCAUUCCUCAUGCUGCAUCCCAAUCUCCUGUAGUGCCUCCUCCUCCUCCCUCUGUCAUACCACCUCCUUCCCCUUUUGUCCUCACUCCUCCUCCUCCUCCUCCUCCGCCACAUCUCCAUCCUGCUCUUUCCCAUCCAUCGCCUUCUUCCUCUCCACCUGCGUCUCCAUCUCCAUCUGAUACUUCACUUCCUUCUCCUCCCUCCUCUCCGCCCCCUUCCUCCCCCACCGUCACAACACCUCCUUCCACUCCUCCUCCUCCAACUCCUCCACCGUCUUUCCCUUCGCUGCCUCCUUUCCCUUCUCCCUCUCCUUCCCCAACCCCUCCCCUCCCAUCACCUCCUACUUCCCCACCUCCAUCUCCUCCAUCCUCCUACCCAUCUCCUCCUGCUACUCCUCCUCCUCCUCCUCUUCCUCCUCAAGCUUCUGCUACUCUUUAUUCUCCUCCUGUCACUCCUCCUUCUGACAGUCCUACUCCUGUUCCUGCUGACCCUUCUCCCCAUUCUCCUCCCUUCUCCUCCUCCUCCUCCUCCUCCUCCUCCUCCUCCUCUAUUCCGUUAAGUGAGUUGUGUAUGGAGUCAUCCCAGCAAUUCCUCUCCUCUCCUUCUCUUCCCUCCGCACUUCCUUUAUCCGCUCCUCCGUUCUCUCCUCCUCCACCUCCGCCUCCUCCGCCGCCUCCUCCCGCCAAGACUGAACAGCUGCCUCGCCUAUCACCGCCCCCCACUCCAUUAAGGGCGGAAUUCCAAUGUGUGAUAGACGGGAGAACAGACUCUAUGACGCCACUCCCUGCCUCUGGGGCUAAACUGUUCACCCCGACGCACUCCUCUCCCCCCAGCGCCUCCCCCCGCCCCUCCAGCCGCUCCUCGCCCCGUUCCUCGUCUCCGUCUUCACCCCACUCCUCCUCUCCUGCUCCUGCCGGCCCUGGACAGCAUCUAAGUCUCAUGGCGGCUCCUCCUCCACCUCGUCUCCUCCAGUACCUGUCCGAGGGGUCCUGCGGCGCCCCGGAGCUCGUCAUUCUGGAGGAGGACGAGGAGGAGGUCUUGGAGGAGGAAGGGAAGGAGGCGAACGCUACGGUGAAGGAUAGGGAGGGUGUGGGUGAGGGGGAGGCUGGGGAGGGUGGCGGUGGUGAGUGUAUAAGGAUGGGGUGCCCGCUGGGUGACGCACGGUGCCCGCCAGCGAGGGAGGCGGCGGGUGAAGUGGCCGGCCGCGCCCUUCCUCGCCGCCCCGCCCUCCUGCCUUCCCCUGGAGUCCCAAGCACCAUACGUCACCUCCAGAGUCCUGCAGGCGGGGACCUUCUGGGAGUGGAGUGUCACGCCGAGGGGGGGGCGGGGCCGGCGGGUGGCGGGCAGGACAGUGCGGGUGCUUGUCGCCGCUGUGGGCGCCCCGCCCCGCCCGUCACCGGCAAGGCCGCGGUGUUAUGUGAAGUGCCUGGAGGUGGCAUGCAGGGGCCAGGGCGGAACGACCUGGUCUGUUGGCAGUGUGGGCAGGAGUGCCAAGUGCCGCAGCGGGUUGGCAGCAGCGGCGGGCAGGCGGGCAGUCGUUGCCAUGGCACGGUGGGGGAGGCACACGCGGCGCGCUGCCCGGGGGAGGCGGUGGUAGGCUCGCUGCAGGUGCUUGUGGGGGAGGCGCUGUGGCAGUACCCGGUGCUGGGCCCCGCCGAGCAGGGCCUCCACCAUGCCGGCGAGGAGUGGGCCCUCGUGUUGUCCGGACGCGGCUGGCGCGCGGCUAUAAAUAGUUGUGGUGGUGCUGGUGAACUGGUGACCAUGAGCAGUGACAACAUGGCGGGUGGCGCGGCGCCCUCGCCCGCCGCCCUCCGGCCGGAGCCGCCCUGCCCGUCGAGCCGCUGCGCCUCUGUGUACGGCUUCAGGAUGGCCGGCGGGGACUGUUCCAAGGUGCGGCACCUGCUGCCGGUGUUCGCCAGCAGCAGGGGUAACGCGCGCGAUGUACCGAGCGGCGUGAACUUCAGGGUAAAGGGGGACGCCUCCUGGCAGAUCCACCGGCCCAACAGGAACUCUGACAAGUGUGACCUACGGAUGUACCGCGGCGACGAGUGCGGGCGGGAGGGUGCGGUCGGGGCCCCGGAGGCCGAGGACAAGGACGAGAGUGCCUUCAUCAAGCUGUGUGGCGUCAACCUGGGCUCCCGCCCCCCCUCGCCUGAGUCCUACCCGCUGUUCAGGUGCAACACACUGCCGCGUAGGCUGCCCUCCUACAGGCUCUCUCCCCUCCCCCCCUGGCCCCAGGGCUCCGCAACCUCCCUAGACCCUGACGCCCUGGGCUCGGAGCCCGGCUCACGUCGCCUUUCGCUGGUCGAGCCCGACGAGGGGCAGCCAGGCGGCGACGCGGGCGGCGGCCGAGGGUGCGGGACAACCCUUCCUCGGCCGCCGCCACACUGUGAAUCGAGCAGCAGCACCGUUGCCAGUCACACGUGGGGGUCGUCCUCCCCGGCGCCGCCCCGGGGGACGCCUGGCUCGGCGCCACCUGACACUUCUCGGAGUUGUUACGUUAACAGCAUUCCACGGCCAUACCGCGGCAGCAGCAGCAGCCCCGUGACCCCGCCCGCAGCCCCGCCCGUGCCACAGCUGCACCGCCCCAGAGACUUCCUGCCCGUCGCUGCGGAGCAUGGCGAGGCGGGCGAGGAGGAAGCCGCCCAGCCGCCCCCCGAGGACGAACGUGACCCCUGCUUCCCGUACGAGCUGCAGCCCCCCGCGACGCUCCUCACCACGCGCCGCCCCGCGACACGGAGCACUGCUGCAGGCCAAGCAGGCUCCGGCGGACGUGCCCCCGGGGGCACCUCUGAGCGAGGCUCUGCGGGCCGGGCACAGACGACUUCACCAGACACACUUCCACCUGCCACUAACCCGGCGGCGCCUUGUGCCGCCAUGCCUGCCUCUGGUGACGGCAGAAGGACGGACAGUGCCCCAGGAGCCGCGGGUGAGGGUGUGGCAGCGGCACUACCAUCGGCCUUGACUCAGGCUUCAUGGCACGCCCGGGGACGACCCUCGCAGGACUCUGCCCCGGCCGCGAUCAGCCUCCCCGGAACAAGUAUCUUAAGACUUCAUCGACCCAAACCUUUGAGGGUGUCGGUGGCGACGGACGUCGAGGCGGAGGCCGCCACCACGCAGGGCUCGGCAGCCCCAUCUUGUGGGACGUCGCCCGGGCAGGACACUCAGCAGGCCGCGGACACGGUGCUGCCCACGACACCCGCCGCUGACGAGGAGGAGGCCACGCCCCCUGCGUCCAGGGAGGCCACACCACGACCCUCCUCUCCAGCCCCUGUCACGGAGGAGCAGGAUGAGGCCACACCCCAAGCAUCUAAAGAGGCCACACCCCUGCCCUCAUCCUCCCCUGCAUCCAAAGAAGCCACACCUCAGCCCAUUUCCUUCUCCCCAGCCUCUGAGGGGGCCGCGCCCCCUCUCUCCCUUGCUGAAGAAGUCACACUUCAGCUCACAUCUGUGUCAAAGGAGGCCACACCCCCUCCCUCCUCUCCCUCCCCUCCUUCCUCACCUUUCCCCCAGUUAAGGGAGACCACCCCUUCCCCUUCCCCACCACUGGAGCACCCUCCCCCUCCCUCCCCACCAGAGGAGCACACACACCCUCCCUCCCCACCAGAGGAGCACACCCCCCCUCCCUCUCCACCGGAGGAGCACACCCCACCUCCCUCCCCUCCAGAGGAGCACUCACCCCCUCCCUCCCCCUCAGAAGAAGUCACACCUUCCUCCCCAGCUCAAGAAGUGACUCAGCCCUUGUCAUUGGAGGCCACACUCCCUCCCCUCCCCUCUCCCCGGCCCGUGUUAGAAGACGCCACAUCCCUUCCCCCUCCUGGCUCACCGUCCAAGGCCACGCCUCGUUCCUCUUCUCCAUCCCCACCGCGAGAAAACCCUCCUCCUCCCUUCCUCCUUGGCUCUCCGGAGACCACGCCCCCUUCCUCCCCUCUUGGCCCUCCUCAGGCCUCAACCCCUCACUCCUCUGUUCCGGAAGUAGCCGUUCCUCAUCCUUCCCCAUCACCUCCCGCUUCCCCGGCUGCCGAACAGGCCUCACCCACCCCACCCAUGACCUGCCAAGGGGCCACACUCACGUCCCCCGUCGCCUCCUCGUCUCCUGCCGCUGCCCCGCACGUGGUGACAGCUCCUCUUGUGGCCUCCAGAGAAGCCUUGCUCCCUCAGCCUCUUCCCUCCACCGCCUCCAAGGAGGCCACACCUCCUCCCUCCAGAACCCCAAUCGUUCCAUCCAUUACCUUCGGGGAGGUUCCUCCCCUUGCCUCUGCCUCGUGCACCGGCAUGGUGGUCGAGGAGGGUGUGGCCGCUAUGAGGAGCCUGGAGGGUGCUGCGGGCGUCCUGCCGUCAGGCAUCAGCCAGCGCGCGGCGUUGCUCACCCGUCAGCAGCAGAUUGACGGUCCGGCCUGCUCCCGCCCCACACGCUUUCCGCUGGACAUCAUCUGCGGCAGCAAGGUGUCCGGGGAACUGUCCCCCGUGGCGGGCACCAGGCAGCGGCUCGCCUCCCUGGGCCAGGUGCUGCCGCCCCCUACACAUACCUCCGCUAGGUCCAAAUCUGCCUCCAGAGUGGGCAGCAGCAGCAACACCACCAGUGGCGGCAGCGGCGCAGCCCCUCAGCAGGCCCCAGAUCGCCGUGAGUCGGACGCGGGGCCUCAGAGUGGUCCGGGGCGGGGCCUGGGCCAGAUAGAGGCUGAGGCCACCCCGCGCCCCGUCGUGUUGCCCCUGGACGCCUCACUUAAGGACAAAAUACGACAAACCAUAGAUUCGUUCGCAGGGCUGGAGGCCACCCCGGCCCCUGCCCCGACACUUGUCCCUGCCGUCGUUGAUCAGGGUGAAGCGGCACAAGACAAAAAGGAGUCAGAAGCCGUCCCUCUGGUGCUUGCCUCCCCAUUGGUUGUCGAAGAGACUCCUGUAUUGAAGGAAUCUCUGACCCUUGCUGGCGGCGGCCCUGGGGACGGCCAGGGCGCUGCUGACAGCCACGGGGGAAGGAAUGCGCCGAGGCAGCAUCUAUGGGCCGGGAAGAGAGUCUCCAGCAAGGAUAAUGACAUCGGGCCCACCGCCACUCUCACAGCCCCGCCCUGCCCAGGAAGUCGGCAGGGCGACGUAGCUGUGGGGGUAGAGGACGCAUCAGAGUUGCACCGCCAAGCCCCCCAGACGGAACACACAAGCCCCUUGCCUCUCGGGGACUCCCUUAGAGAUGUGCAAGAGUGUCAGUCAGAGCCUGAAAUGGCCCCAACCUUGGGAACUUGCGGUAGCCUGCUGGAGGCGGCAUCACUACCUGUCGGCCUCCAAUCGUCACCCAGUGGUUCCCGAAGUCCCUCUCGGCAACAGGAUUUAGAGGCUCAGCUGUUGUUUAUAGACGAGGGGGAGCGCGACGACCACCCUACCUCCAUUGAAACCUCUGGGAGCUUCAAGUCGCCCGCCGCAGACCCUGACCACCACAGGAUCAAGAGUCUCGCCUCGCCGCACCUGGGGAAGGAAGGCUCAGUGGCGGAGCACAGCAUCGCACGUCACCCUCCAGCCAAGCAGUUGUCAGAAGAGGACGAAGGGACCUUUGCCGCCGUCCGGGUCGUCGUAACUGAGGCGCGCGAGUCGUCACCGGAGAGCUGGGGUCGUGUGGACAGCCUGUCGAGGGAAGAAUCCCUGGAGGAGUACGAGGCCGCCCUGGAGGUGGUGACGCCCGAGCCUGGCCUCACGUCCAGCCACAGCUCGGCCAGCGUGGCCACCGUCGUGACUCUGGACAGCCCCGGCCACACCCCUGAGCCGCCCAGGCCAGACGAGGACGCUGAGGAGGAGUUUGUGGACGCCACGGACGGCAUCGAGGCAGCGCCGGACCUGAAGCCUGUCAGCGGCCUGGCCCCGUCCCUGUCGAGGGUGCACGGGGCCGCGGCGCCAGCCAGGGACACGCUGCGGGUGGAGUGCGAAGCUCCCGAGGAGGGUUCUCCUGGCUCUGGUUCUUCCGGAGGCCAAGCCACAGACCCUGACUUACCGGCCUCGGCCUCUGCUUCCUCGACCUCGACGGGGUCAGAAACAUGGUGGACUUCGGGCGGCGGCCCCGUGGCGCGGCGAGACCUACUUCCUCUAGACGAGGACGAGGACGAGGCACGGUGGCGCGCCUCCUUGGGUCCCGCCCGCUUGGACAGCGACGACGAACCCCUCGGCUACGAGAGUGAGGAAGACUUUGAGGCCAUGGACGCCGACAUGCAGCGCCUCGAGGAGAAAUUGAAAAAGUUCGAGAUGGAGCUGGGCGGCCAGGACGACGGGACCGUGGCUGAGGGGGGCGAGGACAAGGGCGCCCCUCUGACCUCGCCUCCCCGCCUCUCCUUGGGUGAAGAGUCACUGCAGCGUAUCGCCAUCCCGAAGGUCUUCCCGGCGCGACGCUCCACCCAGACCAAGCACCUCAGCCUCAUGACGCGCCUCGAGGUGCACCAGUACGGCGACUCAGCCACCGAGUCUGAGGACGAGUCUGAGGUGGCCUCGUCCAGCGACUCGGCGGACUUCCUGUUCGUGAAGACCAGGGUGAAGAUGAAGCCCGGCCAGCGCAUCAGCCGCUCCUUGGACCACCGCCGUCCCGAUAAGCACAGCGUGCUGGGCAAGGCCUCCGAGGCGGCCGCCAAGCAGGCCAAGAAGGCGGAGGCGUGCCUCUUCGAAGAGCGGGUGGACCUCAGCAGCCUCAACCUGCCCGUGGAGACACCGGGCGAAGAGUUGACGCCGGAGCUCGGUGCUGAGAUUGUCAGCAGAGACAAGAUUGACGCAGACGUUAGCGAUGCCCAGGCGAGGGAAGAGCCGCUGCCGUGUGAGGAGGAGGUGGCGGAGGCCGUGCCCGCAGAGACAUAUGAGGCCAUUCCUGAGGAGCCCGAGGAUGACGUGCUGUGGGGCGGCGAGGACCACUUUCUGCUGGGCUACAUCUGGCAUGAGGACGACAUGGCGGCCGUCGACUUCGAGGGUCUGGAGGACUUCCAGAGCUUUGAGGGGCAGGAGGCCCUCAUGUUCAUGUUCGAGGACGACGACGACGACGAGGACGACGAGAUAGUGAGCGAGGAGGAGAGUGAGUGUGAGGCGCUACCAGAGUGCCUCGAUGAAGCUGACCUCUCCCCCGGCGAGUACCUGGCCGACGAGAGCGAGGGGGAGGGUGACGGCCGUCGCGGCCCCGCCCCGCCCGCCGCCAAGGGGCCAGACAACACCUUCGUGGCUGCCUUCAAGAACGGCCUCAGGAAAGCCUCCAAGUACUUUGGGCCGAAGAAGGGCAGCGGCGGCGGCAGGAGCGACGCCUCGUCCCCCGCCCCGUCCCCCGCCCCGACAGGCUCCUCGGGGCUGGAGGACGACACCAGCGCCGGCGUGUACAAUGUGCAGAGUGGUCGCCUGGGGGGCCCCGGCUCCCUCCACGCCCCCUUCAGCGACUCUGAUGGCACCGACAUUUACUCGUGCAGCUCCGGCGAGUACUACGCCGUGCCGGCCAUGUGCGUCAACACGUCAGACGAGGACCCGAGCCUCGCCAUCGCCAGAAACCUCGCCGCCCCCGCGGAGGCGCCCAGCCAGCCGCCGGUGCCGCCGCGACGCUGGGCCAACCGCAAGUCCCGCACGCCCCAGGAAGCCGAGGUGUCUCCGCGAGGCCGCGGCGGGGCAGCUCGCCAGGCCGUGGCUGCCGCGUCCCCCGCGCUGCUGCCAUCAGGGGCCGCCACACGCAUGUACCUUCCGACCACUGACGACCACACUAACGGCGCCAGGGAGACGCUGCCGGGCCUGGCCGCGGUGCCGCCACACCUGUGCGGCCCUCCAGGGCCCCCCGCCUGGGAGGGGUUUCGGCCCCCCGUCGUGGCCUUCCCGUGCCCUCCCCUGCUGCCCCAGUCGUGCGUGCCCGGCGUCCCCUGGGCUGUUGACCCGUACUCACGUGUGCCUGAGGCCGCCCUCCCUCAUCACGCUGCUCCCAACCACAGACUGGCGUUUGCCGCCCCCGCCUACUCCUGCGCCGUCCCUGACACUGUCCUCGCCCACACCUGUGCCGCUCCCUACCCCUGUGCUGCCCCCAUCGCCUCCCCCCUUGCCCCACCCCCAGUCACCCACUCCCACAAACCCACCUCUGUCAAGCAGCUCAAGCGUAAACAGCAGGAAAAGAUCCUUCGCCAAGAGGCGGAAGAGGGCCUGGAGGCCGCCGCCUGUGCCUUUUGCAUGGGCAUGCCCCAGGCGCGGCCCCGCCCCCCGGAACACGCCGUCCACUGGCGCCAGUCCAGCCCCCACCCUCGAGCCUCCAGUGACCGGCGCUCCUGGCCGCCCCGCAAGUGAUGCAGGAGUGAAAGAAAGAAAACUUUGUCCACCGUGAGACUUGAGGGGAAAAUACUUUAUAGAUUUAUGGCAAACUUUUCUCUCGUAUCUUUUAUCUCUUCUCUUUUUUUGGAAUAAAUGUAUUUAUGUAGA